UUUUUUUAACAAAAAAUAAAGAGUAAAUCAUCUUGUCAUCUCUUUUUGCUCCAGAUUCACACCGAUCUGAAUGAAGGAAAACAGAAAUGCAAUUUUAAGCUUUAUUUUCUCAAUAUAAAGCCCUCUAUCAUGAUAAAAGCACUACUUUCAUCAGAGUGGGUCUUUAUUAUUUGAGAUAAGGCCAAUCUCUCUCAUUUGCUGUCUUAGAUAAAGUCAUAUCUGUAUUUAAACAUUAUCGUUUCAAACUGAUAACAAAACUAGAAGCCUUUCAUUCCAAGUUCAAAAACCAAAAACAAAAGCCACCUAUGAAUUCCAUAAAUGCACUUCCUGACCCUUCAAGGCCUGAUCGAGUUUUAAGUUUGAAAGUGAGAAAGGGAAGAAAACUCGCUGGACUUGUAUGUCUGAGAUACCAGCGCGGACAGCCAUUGUUUUUACAGGCAGACCAAACAAGGGUUCCUUCACAAAACUCCUCUGAUCCUGCUUUGGAAAAGCACUGAAAAUGCCAUCAAGUUUUCUUAAAUCUGGCAUUCAGUUUGGACCCUGGUGAAGCAGAAAAGACAGGGUGGUGUGGUCUGAGGAGUCCAGAAUAGAAAGAUCAGAGACUCACCUGCAGAGAACAGCUUGUGGGGGGAGUAUUAUGGUCUGGGGUUGCUGCCUCUCCUUGGGUACCGGCUCUGCUUUCACAUUGUUUUUUCCUUCUCUGGUGACGAAACAAAUUCCAGCAAAACAAAAUCAGGAUUUAGAGGUGGAGGAAAUAAUGUGAAAGGGGUUCAGAUGGCGCACGAGACUGGGAUUUAUCCAGACCUUAACGCCCCCACCAAUCUCUGGAAUGCCCAAGAAAACGUCUGUCUCUUCAAUACAAAGAUCUUUGGAUCAAAAUGAAAAUGUGUGACAUUGAAAAGUUUAGGAAAGUAACUUUUUGUUGAGGAUUUUUUGUUAUUUUGGCUGUUCUUUUCCUCCCAAGUCUAUUAAAAAAAUGUGCAGAAAGUUUUAAUCUCAGGACCUCAUUUUGUAAAUUCUUACUUUUAAGUUUGAACUUCAGGCGUGUGGAAAAGCACAGCCCUGAUAUGUUUCCUCUCAGGCGUGGAGUUUUUGCUUUUACAUAAGACAGACACGGGAAGAUGUUUUGUAAAAGCUCCUGCAUGUGUGCACCUGCGCAGCCCCGCUCUGCUUAUGCAGCCGCAGCCGCAGCCGCCGGUUUGCAUAAAGCGAGUAACCCACUGAACCUGUCCAGCCGCACGUGAGCUGGAAUUCUCCAUGUGGCUCGGUGACGUCCCACUUCCUAAUCUGGCCGGCUUUAAACGGGCGGCAGCUCAGCGGUUUGUCUUCAGUCCCACUUUCUGCUGAGCUUGAUGCUCACACUGAAGGAGAGAAGCUCCUUUCACUGAAGAACAGCAGAAAACCAUGCAGACGAUGGCAGUGUGUCAGAUGGGUGGAGGGGCCACCCGGCUGUACAGCACCCUGACUCAGAGCCUGGGCAGCAACAGCUCCCCCCGCCCUUACCUGGACCCCCGCCAUUUGGACAACACCAACCUGGAUCCAGAUUUCCACCAGCAGCAGCAGCAGCAGCAGCAGAGCGGCUCCUCCGUCCGGCCUCCUGACCCAGAGGAGCUGCUGCGGCAGUGCGAGGAGGCGCUCAGGGACCGGCCCCCUCGCCUCCACAGGCAGUUUGUCCAUCUCAAUAAUAAUGGCCACGGCGCCCCCAACAGCCCCGUCAGGGUAAUGCAGUGGAACAUCCUGGCUCAAGCUCUGGGAGAAGGCGUGGACAACUUCGUCCGGUGUCCCCUGGACGCCCUCUGCUGGUCCCAACGAAAAUGUCUUCUGCUGGAGGAGAUCCUCACCUACCGACCACACAUCCUGUGCCUGCAGGAAGUGGACCACUAUUACGACACCUUUGAACCCGUGCUGGCGGGCUUGGGGUACAGCGGUCACUUCUGCCCCAAGCCCUGUUCCCCGUGUCUUUACGUGGAGGGCAACAACGGCCCCGACGGCUGCGCGCUCUUCUUCGACCGGUCCAGAUUUGAGCUGCUGGACAGCACGAGCACGCGCCUCUACGCCAUCAUGAUCCCCACCAACCAGGUCGCCGUAGUGACCACUCUGCGUUGCCGCAUCACGGGAAGCCUGGUGUGCGUGGCCGUGACGCACCUGAAGGCUCGCUCCGGCUGGGAGUGGCUUCGCAGCGCUCAGGGAUCAGACCUCCUCUGGCAGCUUCAGGAUCUGACCAAUAAACUCUGCGCCAGGCUCGGCGAAGACAGCAUACCUCUGCUCAUCUGUGGAGACUUCAACGCCGUCCCAACAGAGGAGGUGUACCGCCACUUUGCCGUUUCUCCUCUCGGUUUGGACUCCGCCUACAAAAAACUCAGCCAAGACAGCUCGACGGAACCAAAGUACACAUCCUGGAAGAUCCGGGCCACGGGGGAGUGCUGUUCCACUCUGGACUACAUCUGGUACACAAGAGACACCCUCAAAGUAAACGCGGUUCUGGACAUGCCCACCGAGGAGCAGAUCGGACCCGACCGGCUCCCAUCCUACAGCUACCCGUCCGACCACCUCUCCCUGGUCUGUGACUUUACGUUUCGGGAGAAGGAAUGAAGGAGGACAGCCGCAUCCAGGGAGCGCCGAUGCUGGGAGCCCGAGGUUUGCUGCAGGUCCCCUUCACUCCACGAGGAGGAGAAGGGCGAGCAAGUGAAACCGGGAAGGAAAGAAGGCCGGAAAGCAGGAAUGUGAAGUUCAGGAAAAGAUGGAAGAGCCUGACGGCCAGAUGUGGACCUGAAAGAGUCCACCUCCAUAAACUCUGAAGGCUUUUGCUCACCCGGUCACUGCUUUGCGCCACCAUCUGGACGAAAACUGAACUUUGACUUUUAUGACCAUGCUGGAAAAAGAGAAACUUUUGAUGUAUAGUAGAAAAUAAAAGAUUUUGCCUGAUG